UUGUUUCCUCAAUUUUUCUCGAAUAAUACUUCAAGACUAUGGUACAAGGUCAAAAGAUUCAUUUAUUUCUCUUUGACACGAGUGAUAAGGUUCCAAUAGUACCUUCUGAUUAUUGAAUAGAAAUUGAAGUCAGUUGGAAGAGAGUGUUUAAUUGCACAGUUGUUUAAAAAACAACCAAAAUUUCGUCAAGAACAGGUGUUGACAAAAAAGAGAAGAAAGAUGAAGAAAGAGUGGAGCUCAAGAGAGAAAUGGGUCUUUUUUCGGCCAUUAACAUGAUUCUUUCGGUUAUGAUAGGAUCUGGUAUAUUUGUAUCUCCUGCUCCGGCCCUGGCAUAUUCAGGAUCGGUUGGGAUGUGCAUUGUCGUCUGGACAGUUUGUGGAAUUGUUUCUCUUCUAGGAGCAUUGGCAUUCGCUGAACUUGGUACUGUAAUUCCAAGAUCAGGAGCGGAAUACGCCUACUUCUUGGACUCCUUCGGUCCCCUUCAUAAAUUUUGGGGCAACCUUCCAGCCUUCAUAUAUUCCUGGGUGAUGAUAUUCGUUAUUAGACCUGCUGAAGUAGCGGUUAUCAUCUUGACAUUUUCAGAAUAUUUCUGUCAACCUUUAUUGGACUAUCUUUGCAUCAAAGAUGACCAAAUCAUCAAAGCUGUGGCAUUACUUGCAUUAGGUAUUAUAACCUACAUCAAUGUGAUGAGCGUAAAAUUAUACGUUAAAAUACAGAAUACCUUUGGAAUCUUCAAAAUCUUCGCUUGCCUUAUCGUUAUAUUAGGAGGAGCAUAUGAGAUAUCGAAAGGAAAUACUGAGCAUCUCACAACUGGAUUUGUUGGGACUAAACUAGCUCCAAAAAAUAUAGCCUUGGCCUUCUAUAGUGGUCUUUGGGCUUAUGAUGGCUGGUCAGCAGUAACCAUCGUGACAGAGGAAAUCAAACGACCAGAAGUGAACAUCCCAAGAAGUAUCGCCAUCAGUGUACCAAUUGUGACAUUUUUGUAUGUCUCGAUGAAUAUUGCUUAUAUGACCGUGUUGACAAUACCCGAAAUGGUCACUUCAAAGGCGGUAGCUGUAACAUUUGGGGAUAAAACACUGGGCUCUGCAUCUUUCCUUAUUCCUCUAGGUGUUGCCCUGAGUACCUUCGGAUGUACGAUGAGCAUCCAAUUUGGAGUUACAAGGUUAUGCUACGUUUCUGCCCAAGAUGGCUUGAUGAUGGAGAGUAUGUCGUACGUACACUACAGAAGGUUAACACCUUCACCAGCUGUUGUAAUGCAGGGAAUUAUUGCCUUAUUAUUUAUAGUUCUUGGUGACAUUGUGGAACUGAUAGAAUUUGCCAGUUUUCUUAUUUGGUUCUUUUAUGGUGUUGCCAUGGUUUCACUGUUGGUAUUGAGAAGGACGAUGAAAGAUGUUCCAAGACCUUACAGAGUGCCAACGAUCAUUCCAAUUUUCAUUUUGUUUGUGGCUAUUUAUCUUACACUGACUCCAAUUGUAACUGAUCCUAGUCCGAAGUAUUUGUUUGCAUUAGGUUUCAUAUUGGCUGGUGCUUUAGUCUACACAUGGUUCAUUUACAAAAAGAUCAGACCAGAAUAUUUGAUUGCGAAACUGACGUAUUUCAUUCAAGUGCUCUUUGAAGCUGUACCUCCAAAUCACACUGCAGCCACCUGAUAAGCUCAAAAAACCCAUGACCUCGAUGUGCCUAUCUGUUGGUUAUUGAAAGAUCAAUAAUUGCCUAAUUCCUGGAAGAACUGCAUUUCAAUGUACCUGCUUCUAUUGGAUACUCGGAAUUUCGAAAGAGUGAAACUGUCAAGACAAUUUACGAGUUUCUGCUGUCUUCCUAACUCAUUAAAAUAAUUAUUUUAUAAUGUUUAAAUAAAAUCAUGUUUUUAUAAUUA